GUCCCGGACGGAUCCCACAUGGGGAGAUUUCCUCGCCACGCUUUUGCCUUUUCUUUUAUGUGCGAGUCGGUGUCUCAGCUUUGGGCUCGCAUUGGGAUCGGGGAUCUUCGUCACGUUCCAAUGCUUAUUCGGUGUUUGUAAAUGGCAAACGUGGUGACGUUGCUGAAUGAGCUGAGAUCUCCCCGAUUCUGAUUAGCAAUUUUCUAUUUGAGCUGCGGGAGAUGAAUAAUCCUUUGCCUUUUCGGUCGGUGCACUGCCGUUGAUAGUCUCAGGUUAUUCUCGUGCAGUGUGCAUGCCCCAUCACGUCUUGUGGAUAUGAGACGGUCUACUUCCAGGUUUCCGUGAGAAGCCGGUGUUUUUCAUCCUGAGUUGUGCAAGUUUUUUUUUUUUUUUUUUUUUUUUUUUUUCAAGUAAGAGUCUAGCUUCGUUUCUUGGUUCCUCGGAGCCUUGAAUUUUAUCGACCUGUACUGUGGAAGGGGCUCCUUGUGCGGAGGCAGGUGUUGAGUUUGUUGAAUUAGUGCUGUGUGAAUAUUGAACCCAAUCAUCCCACAAUGGGAAUGUGCGUCAUCAAAGGUCCACGGAUACUCCAUGAAGAUGGCGACGGGGAGCUUUCUCCGAGGAGCGUCACAAGCAGCGCCAGCAGCAGCAUUAGCAGCAGUACGAGUGAGGACUGUGGAAGCCCCACACAUCAAGAGCUUGAGACACCAGUUGCGUCACCGGUCCAAUGCUACUCAGAUGGGGCGAUUUGGCAGCGAAUGAUUUCCAAAGUCGCCAAGUCGGCGGUGAUGUUGCUUAUGCAUCGAGGAACUAUGUUUUGCCCAAGGCAGGGAUUGCCAGGAUCGAAUGGUGACAAUCUAACACUCAAACAUAUUCUUCAACUCUGAUAGCAACCUCGAAUACGGUGGAGCUGGAGUUGAUUUUAGAGUGGGAUUUUGACACCGAUCAUUGUACAUGCUCAGAGUAGACUGUCACCGAAAUCCUCUUUCUUCGAUGUGAAACGACGACGGCGUUUUUUAGGGUUUGUUUGGCUUUGUAGCCAUGCUGUAGAUUAGCAAUCUUACACUCGCAUAGAGUUUUUUCCUUAAUGAAUUAAGGUUGUGUUGCAAUCAACCUGUUGUAUUUUGUAUUAUAUGCGGUGCACACAUGAGAAUCGGAAUUGUUCUCUUACCGAAUAAACUCUGGAAUCGUUUGGCUUCGAGAUUGAA